UUGUAAACAUCCUCUAGGUCAUCCUUAAGGUCAAAUAACUUAAAUGACGAAUUUACUACAAUCCCAUAAUGUUAGGAGGUUCAAGUAACAGUUGCACUAACGAAAUUACUCCUCAGCGACCCGUUGGUCCAGAUUCAGAAUCCGUCGAUCUUUCAUGUGGCAUUAAAAAACCUGUUAUACACAAUAUGGUUUCUACUGUGGAUUUAGGAUGUCCUAUUGAGUUACGUAAAUUGGUACUUCAUGUCCGUAGUGCGGAAUACAAUCCACGCAGAUUUCCUGGCGUUGUCAUGCGUCUGCGUGAACCUCGUGUCACUUGUUUAGUGUUUGGAACUGGUCGCAUGGUGUGUACUGGUGCACGUUCUGAAUCAGAUGCAAAUUUAGGUUCUCGGAAAUGUGCUCGUAUACUACAAAGACUUGGGUUUGAUGUAAAAUUCAUGAACUUUACUAUUCAAAAUAUGGUUGGUUUGGCUGAUCUGAGAUUUCCAAUACGUCUGGAAGGUGUACAAUUGGCCAACGAACAGAUGACACAAUAUGAACCGGAAAUAUUUCCAGCCUUAAUUUAUCGUAUAAUAAAACCCCGUUUAGUAAUGCUUAUUUUUGUGAAUGGAAAGAUUGUUAUGACAGAAAGUUAUAAUUUGAGACUUCUGUCUACCUAAUAAGAUUUGGGAAUCCAUGUAGCUUUCACACAAUAGUCGUAGUAGACAACUUUUAGCUCUAGGUUGUUGGAUUCAUUUUUUUGUUUUACUUUGUAGGUGACGCAGAUCCGUUUACUUUUUAUCUCUCUCCAUAUUAUGAGGUGUAGUAAAUUCCUUCAUGCAUAAACUCCUAUUCUGUCUUUUUGAACCAUAUUCUGAAUGUUUAGUCUUUGUAAUAAUCAUUGCUACUACAUUAUAUCGAUACCUUUUGCUAUUCGUUUUUUUUUAAUGUAAUCACGUCAUGUACGGCACUUUGACCUAGUACAAGUUUGUGCCGAGCUAUAAUUUGGUGACUGAUUGUAAGAACUCUGCAUUCUUCAUAAAUUAUACUCUGAACAGAUGCUGUGUUAUACGUUUACUUGGGAAUGAUAUUUGCAUAAAAUCUACAAUCCCAAAUCUGCUAUCAGCAGGACCCUUUAAUAUGAAAUUACCAAUCUUUUAUGUGAACGAUAUAGAUAUCGUUAUCAGUUGAUAAACCGUAGUAGAGGAUAGAUGACAAGAAUCUGUACGUGAGAUUUGUCUAUUGAAUCCUUUUUUUUAUAAGCGUUUAAAUGGGGACCCUUCGCUUUACUAAAAAAAUCAGAAAAGUAGAUACAAAAAUAGGGGAUCAUUCGCCGUAGUGCAAAAUAAGAGAUGGAUUACUGAGAUUAAUUCCCAGCUCUAUCAUUGAAUAAUACUUAAGAUCAUUCCACAGCAACGCGGAUCUAUGACCCCACCACAGGGGGUUGAACCCAGAACUGAUCUAGUGCGCAAUUAUUUGACCUCUAGAGCAAUGAGCCGAUAUCCAAUGGUGUAAAUUUCUCGUAUUAAAAUAAAACAACUGUCCAGUAGUCCAGCUAAAACCAGUUCAUGAUUUAAACAAUAAGAAUUUGAGGAUCUCUUUAAGCCACUAGUGAUUUUCUAAAUGCUAAUCUUUUUUCACUGUUUCAAGUUGUUAGGUCCACCGAAAUAACGCACCAGAGGUCGAUUAUAGACUAAAGAUUAUCAUAACUUUUCGAAAUACUUAUAUGCUAGUAUAUAUUAGUAGUAAACGGUACUAUAAUAAUUAUCAACCUAGCUACACUGUCAACUCUUCCCACAGGCAAGAGUGCAAAUGACCAUUUCGUUAUGGCGGGACAAAUUAAAAUUGUAUCAGCUAAUAAGGGAACAAUUAAGUAAUAAUACAUUUGUGAUAUCCCAAUCGGCAAGAAUCUAAAUGCUCAAUUUAUUUUAAAUUAUCAAGUUAAACCUUGGUAUUAAUCCGUACGAAAAGAAUAAUUAGUCUAGGAUUACCCAGUGGAAUACGAGAAAUUAUUCAAUACAAAAAUUAGCUACUCGUAAGUAAUUUAGUUACAAUAAAUAGUCACAAAAUUACUCUGACCGGCAAGUUUCCAUAGAACUUUGAGUUGAUGUUAAGCAUUUAUAACUCAAUAUGCACAAUUUCCUUCAUAAGGUUGUUCAGUUAGCUUGUUCUGUUUAAAAACGACAUCAACUUCUUAUAAAAUACUCAUUGGUUACCUCGAUUGGAUUACGUCGGCGUUUUGCGAACUUGAGAUCUCUAUUUGGCUCAAAAUCCAUCUUUUAUAAUAUGGAAUAAUAAUUUCUGACAUUUUCACCAAGUAAUUUCAUCACAGUAAUACUUUUUUAUAUUAAUUUUAUAGGUGCCAAAUCACGUGAACAUCUGUAUGAAGCAUUAAAUAAUGUUUAUCCUAUUUUAUACAAUUAUCGUAAAAUCAACUGACUAGUCAUUUGCAUAUCUGGAUAUUCUUUUGUAAUAUAUAUAAUACACGAUGUAAAUAAUUUCCUUUGAUUAA